UCGAAUGUUAUGGCUGAACAACAUCGCUUUCAGAGGCACCGUGUUAUUGGUGUGUGAGAGUGUACGACACGAGUCGAGCACGUAAGUCGCCGUGGGUGUCACCUCUCACUUUACAUACAGUUUGACACCGGAUAUUAUAUUUUCUCUAUAGCCCAUGGUUACGUGUUACGUGGAUAAAAAGUUGCCUUUGCCUAAAUCAUGCCGCUAUUCGGCAAGAAAAACAACGAUGCGGAAAAGAAAUUAAAAGAAAAUGAUAUUCGGCGGAAGUAUGAAUUUAAAGACACACUUGGAACUGGCGCCUUCUCCGAAGUUGUGUUGGCAGAGAACAAAGCAGAACGCGGGAAAUACAACGCCGUCAAGUGCAUCAACAGGAGGGGGUUGAGGGGGAAGGAGGAGGCGUUGGAGAAUGAGAUAUCUGUGCUCAGGAGACUGAGCCACCCCAACAUAGUUCGACUGGUGGAUGUGUUUGAGGACAAAACACACGUGUACCUGGUCAUGGAGUUAGUGACCGGUGGUGAGCUGUUUGACCGUAUUGUGGAGAAAGGCAGCUACACGGAGAAGGACGCCAGUCUCUUGAUACGGCAGGUCUUGGAGGCGGUGGAUUACAUGCAUGAUAGGGGAGUGGUGCACAGGGAUCUAAAGCCGGAAAAUCUUCUCUUCUACAGUCCCGACGACGACUCGAAGAUCAUGAUCAGUGACUUCGGUCUCUCCAAGAUGGAGGGGUCGGGCAUCAUGGCCACGGCCUGUGGGACCCCGGGCUAUGUGGCUCCUGAAGUCUUAGCCCAGCAACCCUAUGGUAAAGAAGUGGAUUGUUGGUCCAUUGGAGUCAUAGCUUAUAUAUUAUUAUGUGGUUAUCCCCCUUUUUAUGACGAAAAUGAUGCAGAGUUAUUCAAGCAAAUUUUGAAAGCUCAGUACGAAUUUGAUUCACCUUUCUGGGAUGAAAUUUCUGAUUCAGCCAAAGACUUUAUCCGUCACCUCAUGUGUAAAGAUCCUAAAGAAAGAUACACAUGCAAGCAAGCCAUUGCACACCCUUGGAUCUCUGGCAAUGCUGCUCUGAGUAAAGAUAUUCACGCCUCUGUCAAGGCACAGAUGCUGAAGACUUUUGUUAGGACUAAAUGGAAGCAAGCUUACAAUGCCGCAGCUGUUAUUAGACAGAUGAAGAAGUUAGUUGUGAGUAAAGAAGAGAACCACACCCCCCCAGCCACAACCCCAGCCACAACCACAGCAGCCACGGCUACAGCCACAGAGUGACCUCCUCCCCCCCCCCUGUUAGUUGCCUCCCCUAGCCUGUCUUUGUCCCAAGCUCAUUGGUUGAGUCCGCUGGUGAGCUGGGGGCGGGCAGGUGGGUCAGCCAGUGGAGCCUGAGUCAAACAGAAAUGUGUGUCUUGUCCACUGGUCAGUGUUUGGUCAGUAACAGGAAGCCGGUGGACGCUGGGACUUCCCUAGAUGGCGCUUGGGUGUACUGGACUUACAGACUAUUCAUACAAGCAUCAGUUUACGACGAGUCAAGUCACUUUUUUUAUGCAAGUUCAAAGUUCAUCAGCUCAGCUGUUUUAGUGUCUACAAUGUGGUCCAAUUAAAAAAAAACUUUAAAAGUAUUGAGUGUUGGUGGGAUUUGAACCAACAUGUUUCUAAGUAUUUUAGUACCAAGUGGUAACCUGUUUUCUUCCCUCUGGGGUAUUCUGUCAUGCAGUAUUACUGAAUUGCCUGGUUGUGGUUCUUGGAAAAUAUCUGCCCCUAAUUUUAUUUAUAUCAAUAAAAUGUUUUUUUAAAAAUGUAUUUUAAACAAGUUGAGCUGAAAUAAGUUGUGAAGGUUUUGGGAGAUGUUUGUAGGAAAAGUUGACACAAUCAGCAGGGGCAGCUCACCACUAACAGACAAGAAUAUUUAGAGUUAUGUUCUCUUGGCUCGGUUAGUGACUUGAAGCUAGUUCAUGUACACGCUAUCUUCCCCAACUAAACUAGAUCUACUUAAAUCUUUUCCAUCUAGAUCUAAUCAUGUGUUAACACAUUCUGUUGUACUUGUUUAAAAACUUAAGACUUAAUACUGUGGGGAAAGUAUAUGGUCAUUUACUUAAUUUUUGUGUUGAUGUAAAAUACUAUAGCCCUGUAGCAUGAUGUAGCCCUUCCUCCCCCUCCUCUUCUUAUAAACUGUGAUUCCCUCCCCCCCCCCCCCGUAUGUGUACUAACCCGUCAACUUUGCCAGCCAGAUGUUGACCAAUGUAAAAUUAGGAUCAUAAAAACCACUGAAACAAAUUGGACUCUAUGGUUUAGUUACAACUGGUUCAUAUUUACUGCAUGAGCCCAUAUCACCAUUAGUUCAUAUUUACUUCAUUGGGUUCUAUUGAGUUCAUUGGUUCAUAUUUACUUCAUUGGGUCCUAUUGAGUUCAUUGGUUCAUAUUUACUUCAUUGGGUCAUAUUGAGUUCAUUGGUUCAUAUUUUUAUGUUUUAUCCUUUUAAGUGAACCUCAAGUUGCCAAGAUAAAAAGUUUUAUAAAAUGUAUUCGUUUUUAUAAAUAUGUUAAUUAAUUCUUUAUAUGCUAUUGUGUUUUUUCUGUUUAAUUCAUUUUUGCUCAUUGGUAUUAGACUUUUCUCCUAUUAAUUAAUUAAUUAAUAAUAUGCUCAUUUUUAUUGAAAUGAAAAACGAUGUAUUUUCUCAGUGAAUGAGUUGAAUGCUCAUUUUUAUUUGAUGUGCGUAUCAGUCGCUCCCUCUGCCACAGUUGCUAGUUGGGUUUGAACCUGUCUCAAUCUUGACUGGGUGUUGCAAUCUUGACUGUGUGUUGCAAUCUUGACUG